AUGAAAAUGGCAAACAACCUGAGUAACUGUUAUGCAAAAUUGAUGAGCGGUGACAAUUUUCCUUACCUGCUUGCUUGUUUUAAACCUCACGGAAACAUUUCCGUAAGACCAGUAAGUAGCACAAAGCCAUUAGGAAAGCUGGAUAUGGACCUCAACCGAUCUAUUAUCAGUGAAAUGACUUGGGUUAAACUGGUUACUUCAAGUGGUGUUGAUCAGGACUGUCCGCUUUUCCCAUUUUUAGUUGACUUUGUCGUAGAGAUGACACUUCCAUCCGAAUUUGAAGGGUUCAUCUCCCACUAG